AUGGGAUCAAGAAAAACAAAUGCAAGAGGAAGACAGUUACAAGAGGUAAUAAAUGAAGGUUAUUUUAACUGUAUUGAUGAUGUUAGUACCACAUAUGAAAAGAAUGAUUAUGAAGUAAAGAUCGACUGGAUAUUAGCCAGUCAACCUCUUCAUUCAUUAAUAUCAAACGUCGAAACCCACCCAACAAUCGGUACAUUAAGUGGUCACAAACCAUUAACCUUCGAUUUACCAAUUGGACCUGAACCCAAACCUGCAUCUCCAAGAUUAUCCCUUAACUUCAAAGCAGCAAAUUGGCCAAAAUUUAGAAAUACAUUAAAUGAACAACUAAUACUAUGGAACAAACAUCGUUAUAUAAAUUCAGAAUCAGAUAUAGAAGAAUAUACGUCGUUUAUUACCAACAGCAUUACUACAGCAACACAAGAAGCCAUACUAACAUCAAAAAAAUUGAACACCAACAUUAAACUAAGUGAAGCAACCAAACAUCUGAUCCAGCUCAAACAUAAAACUUAUCGUAAAUGGAAGAAGACUGGAGAAGAUAGUGAAAAACAGCAAUAUUAUAAAUGUAAGUUGUUACUGACAAAUUCACUUAGAAACGACAGAAAAAUCAACUUUAACAACCUUAUGUCGUCAUUAUGUCAGAAGAAAAUAUAUUCAGAUUCAGUAUGGCUUACGGUUCGCAAGUUUCACAACAAGCGAAUAAAACAAAGCCACAGUAACAACAUCAAAUAUAACAAUGUGACUACAACAUCAGAUAAGGAAAAAGCCGAUCUAUUUGCUGGAUAUUUUCAA